AUGUUGGCAGCCUCAGGACUUCCCGGCACAACACAACAGCCACACUCUCCCGUCUUCCCUCACCUCACCAACACCAUGGCGCGUCUUAUAUCCACCCUCGUCUUGUUUCUCCUGUGCCUCCUUGUAGGUGCCGAGACUACGACCACUACGACCACAGCGACCACUACAACGGCGCUGGUGUCUUUUCAAUCGCCAGUCGUUGGAAUCUCCCCAGACUUUUACCACGGCCAACAGGAUCUGAUCAAAUGGGGGCUUUGCUACGCAUUGCUUGAUCCCAUCCUCAAGAAGCUUGGUUCAAUCGACAUUCCCUGCCCCGAGAACAAUGAACCCAACACCUGCACGAUCUACGAGGACUUGGCCUGCACCCGCGAGCUCCUCACCAUCGACCGAUCGCACUCACACUUGCAAGGUAUGUGGGACUCAACCUCUCGAACGCCCGUCGGACUCCUCGCCGGAAGCGUGAAGUGCGAUCAACGCAUUUUCAAUCGGGAUACACAUAUCUGGACGAGCAAGUACGGUUGGACCAGACGCAGCUAUCGCUGCGCUGGCGAUUCUUGCCGUGACGAUGGAGACUGCGAGACCUCACUCCGGAACCCGAGCUGCUAUUGCUCGCACAUGGGAAUUUGCAAGAUUCGCGGAUUGGAGAGUACCUCGGAGAGCUCUAUCUCCACUAUCUCCACUAUCUCCACUACUUCCGCUACGUCGUGA